AUGUGUCAAGAAAAACCAAUAUCGAUCUUGAAGGUCCCGCGACCGCUGCACCCCGCGAUGGCAGUGGCCUUCCGCAUCGCCCGCGAUGCAGGGGCCAAUUUUAUCACCGCCACCUGGGUUGCCACCCACCUGCAUCGCAGCGAGUCCUGGGUCGCACAAAACUGGAACAAAGACCCGAUGUGGAAACGGGGCUCCCGCAUCGAAUGGGAACGGGGCUCCCACAUCGAAAGGGAAGGUUCAUCACCAAGGAAGCCUUGCCGGAAAUGCCGAAACCGAAUCAAAGGGCUCAGACUCACAGAAGAAGAUGAGAAGCGCUUUUUUGAUGGCCCAACGGUCGUGGUCGUCAACUACUACGUGCGAAGAAUUGCGGGAUUGGACGACGGUGACAUGGAAUACAAGGUGCAGCUGACCUUCCGACAGCAAUGGACUGACGAAAGGCUCAAAUUCGACGACGUGGGAGGGAAAAUUAAGUACCUGACAAUGACGGACCCAAGUCGUCUGUGGAUCCCGGACCUGUUCUUCCAGAACGAGAUCGAAGGGAAGUUUCACAACGUGAUCCUCCCGAACGUCUUCGUGAGGAUUUUCCCCGAGGGGAAGAUUCUCUACAGCAUUAGGGUGUCGCUGACGCUGAGUUGCCUCAUGGACCUGACGCUCUUCCCCCUGGACAGGCAGACAUGCCAAAUCCGGAUCGCCAGCUACGGGUGGACGACCGAGGACAUGGUCCUUCUCUGGAAGGACGGCGACCCGGUCCAGAUCUCAAAGUCGCUCAAUCUCCGGAGAUUCAACCUGGAGGAGUUCAACACUGGGUACUGCAACAGUAAGACGAAUACAGGAGAAUACAGCUGUUUGCGAACUGACCUGGUGUUCGAGCGGGAAUUCAACUACUACCUGAUACACGUCUACAUCCCGUCGUGCAUGAUGGUGAUCGUGAGCUGGCUGCCCUUCUGGUUGGAUCGGAGGACGGUGGUUGGGAGGGUGGGGUUGGAGGUCAUCGUUUUGUUCACGAUGGCUAUGCAGGUCACUUUCAUCAAUGCUUCGUUUCCGUCUGUGUCGUACACGAGGGCUGUGGACGUGUGGACGGGCAUGUGCCUCACCUUCGUGUUCUUCGCCCUGCUGGAGUCCGUCCUUGUGAGCCAUGCCUCCAAGUCGAGGGGGCAUCGAAACCGAGACCACACCGAACUGGAGUCCGUGCCCUUCGAGGUACAGCAACCCAAAGCGACUGCCAAGGGUCGCAUCUCCAUCUGGUUGGACAGGGUUCAUUCCAGACCCAGCAAGGUGGACGCCAUCUCUCGCAUCGCCUUCCCUGUCUGCUUUGCGCUCUUCAAUGUCGGGUACUGGGCCGGCUACCUCUGAAUCACCACGGUGACGACCUUGAAACGCAUCGGUAUCGGUUCUGGGGCCCACAUUCUGUUCCCUCAUGUCAUUCCGGGACCUCAUCUCAUUCCUGGACCUCACCCCAUUCUGCGACCUCACAUCAUUCUGAGGCCUCAUCCCUUCUUCUCAACCGUCAUCCUUCAUUACUCUUCUCUUUCCUUUGUUGCUGAUGCUUAUGUUUUUUACCCCUGUGUUAGUGAUGAUUGGGGACUUGAAACGUUAAUAUGCGUAAAAAAGGGUAGAUUUUUUUUACAAUCCAAAACCCAACGAAUGAUCUUUCUCAUAAAGAUCAUCCGUUUUUAUAAUUUUGCAUUCAGCCGUUCCUGGUGACCCCAGAGGAUUCAGAAACUUUGAAGCUCCGCAGAGUUGAGAGUCCUGGGUGGAAUGGCUGGAAUAAAGACAUUGCCAGAAUAUUUUUACUUGGAAUUUGCAUGCUUUUGAGUGACCCGGAGGUGUCGACGAUUUUUUGACGAUAUUUGUACCAGAUACAUUUUUUUACCACUGUGAAUAAAGUGUGCGAUCACUUCGCUUGGCCAGCGCGUCC